UGUGUGUGUGUGUGUGUGUGUGAGAGAGAGAUGUUUUGGCGUCGUGAACGUGCAGAGCGGUGCGCGUGCUGAAGUCAGUGCGCGCCCCCGCGCUCUCUCAGGUGAAUGCGUUCAGCAGUGAGAGUGUGUGUGAGUGGUCCGGAGUUAUGUGAGUGUGUGUGAGAGAGUGUGUGUGUGUGAGGCAGUGUGUGUGAGCGUGUGUGAGUGUGUGUGUGUGUGAGGCAGUGUGUGUGAGAGUGUGUGAGUGUGUGUGAGGGGAAAAUGCUGCUUCUCAGCCUGCAGGUUGUGUGCGCUGCGGCGGUGUGUGUGCUGUGUUCCGGCCAGCGGGUAUUUUUCGAAUGUGGAGCGAAGCUGGACGUUGUGGACGUACAGGGUCUCAUUCUAUCUCCUGGUUUUCCUAAUAACUACUCGUCCGGGAUGCACUGCGUCUGGCAGUUUUUUGUCCCGAUCGGUCACCAGUUGACGAUGGAACUGUUUGAUUUUGACGUUUUUGAGAGUUCAGAGAGGAACUCAACCACGUCAGAAGAUAUGAUCACGAGUGAAGAUGGUGAAGAACAUCUCCUUACUAAAAGAUUAACCAGGAGUCAACCUGCAUUAAAGGACCAGUCCGUGGGAAUGACGGGACUCGGAGAAGAAUCCAACAAACUGGAGUCUGAAGUGUCGAAUACGGUGAAUCGGGUUUCCGAGCGUCUUUCCGAACCUCCGUUAUCGUAUAGAGCAAAAGCAAAAGCACAAAGCUCCAUGUUUCCUUCAUCAUUAGAGGACAAAACGGAGCACCUGCCUCCUUCCAGCACCAUGGAGAACAUCGUCAUGGAGGACGAAUCCGAGACCCUGCAGCUGGUGACGGACGCGUGUCCUAACGACGUCCUGUACAUCACGGAUCUGAUCACGUUUUCUUCACGGUUUUGCGGCUCCAAGCGUCCGUCUGACGGCCAGCUGGUGUUCGGAGCCGACGCUGAGAUGGUUGAAGUGAUAAUGGAGCUCAUCACAAACACACACUGGGGUCGAGGAUUUGCUCUGCUAUUCCGUUAUCACAAUCGAUCGAACGACGCGGCCGUGGAGGUCGGGGGUCAGAGGUCAUCGGCGCCCUCUGUCGGCGCAGUAGAAGCGCUGCUUGCUGCUGUUAGCCUCGCUGCUUUAUUCGCUACGAGUCUCAUGAUCGUUCUCUGUGUGACUCUGAGACCAAAACUGUGUGCAAAAGAAUCCACCGUGACGUCAUCCACCACCUCCGAGGUCCCAGUUCAGAACUUGCACACUGACGGCAGUGAACUUCAGCUGGUUACCGCAAAUCACCCUGAACAAGAACUCAACAAAAACGACAACAACCCCACCUCAUCUCACACAGGUAACGACCCAAAAUGCCGAAGUUCCCAAAAUGCCGAGCUGGAGUGCUCUAAUGGACUGAUGGAGAUGGAAUUGGGAGCAGAUGAAGUGUUUGUGAUCUCAAACACAGACACACCGUCGUUUUCUCCUUGCACGCACCGUGAACGUUUUCUGCGACGCAGUGACACGGGAUCUGUGCAGCCAUCUGAUUGGAUGCCUCGCAGCGAGCCCUCCAAUUGGCCGAGUCGUGGCAGCCAUGUUGGAUCGGCGCGUCCUCGAGCGUGGAGCGUCCGAACCUUCCACGACUUCCUACUUCCUCUUCCUCAAUUAAACAGGAAGUGGUGCAGCUGGAAUUUAACGAGUCCCUUCACCAAACUAGUGGACACCGUUUCUCCAGGUUCUGUGGUGGAUGGAGGUGGUGGUGUGAAGGUUCCCUCGGCUCAGCAACAGCGCCGCUACAACAUGUCACGCUCCCACACGUCUCAGCAGAUCUGCGAGCCCGAUGGCGCCCUCUGUGGCCCGGAGCAAGCAGUGGAGGUUAAAAUCUGCGAAUUCUCUCCUGAUGAUGAUAACCUCACCAUUCCCGUGUUCGCCAUUUCAGAAGAAGAUGAUCGAGAGCCUCUGGUUUCAGCCGAAAACCAAGUGAAAAACAACAAGCUCGGAAAUCACGACUCCUUUCCUUCAUUAGGCUCCGCCCACUUGGCGUUUACAGUUGAGGAAUCGGCUGUUUUGAAAAACACGUCCAGUAAGAUCCAGCUUCCCUCGCUGAGUCAUGUGACCGUGCCGUGUGACUCUGUGGGGAAGGACAUGUGAUCGACUCAGACCGCAUACUGUCAUACUGAACAGCGUGUUAUCUGUUUUACACACACACACACUAUCGAGUAGCACUAGCUGCCAGCUACAUUUAAAGGUGCAUUAUGGCAAAAAAAUUCAAACAUCCAUUUGCAGUCUGCAAUUUUAUUUAUAUUUUAUUGAUCAGUUUUCCAUUCGAGCUACAAGGCAAAUGUGAGUCAAUCUCACUUCCGAAAGUCUAUCUGUCAUCCGAUUAAUACAAACAUUUUAAUAUAAUUUAUUCAAAUGUCAUAAUCGAUUGAGUAAUACAUAGUAGAAUACUGUAUUUGCAAAUACUUUAAACUGGAACUUUAUUAUCGUUUGCAUCACUUCCUGUUAUCAAGCAGGAACUUUUAGAGGUUUAGCCUGGGGGCGGGGUCAGGAAUGGUAACGAACCGUGGUGAGGAAACAAAGUGAUUCAGAGUCAAAGUUGUCCAAGAUGGCGGCCUCCAUGACGUUCCAGUGUUUGAGACAUAUGGGAUAUAUUAACAGGAAAAAAAUUGCGUAAGAUAGAUUUCUGUUAGCUACAUUUAGCUGCAGAACAAGCGAUUCAAAUGAUUCAUUCUUGAAUGAUUCAUUCUGCUUCUGAAUCAUAUUCCUGAACUUAAGAAUAUGUGAAGAACUGUGCUACCCUGUAGUCCUUUAGUAUGGCAGUAUGCGGUUUAGUGUGUGUGUGUGUGUGUGUGUGUGUGUGUGUGUGUGUAAACACAACCGUUCACAAUCUGUUUUGUUGCUUUUUCAGAAAUUGACAGUGAGAAGUAACCGCUGAUGGAUUUGUACAUUAAUACAGCCGUGCCUCUUUACAUAACAAAGCACAUUUUUGAUAUCUGGAAAAUAUUUAAAUGUUUUGUGGACUGAUUACUGUUUAAAAAAAAAAAAAAAAAAAAAGAUUAUUAUAUUAUUUAACCACCACAGAUAUGUACCAAUAAUAGCUUAUAUAAUAUAUGUGUCCUUUAAUAUUAUUGUUAUAAUGCACACGUUAAAAUAUGAUGACUUGACGACUUUCCCUUGUUCGCGUCACUUGUUGUUGUUGCUCACAGAGUGUGUACUUUUGUUGGUAUUUUUACGCAUUCUCGGAUUAUUAAUGCUGCUAAAUAUUUGGCUCUGCCGUGCUGUUGUACGUGGAGCGAGUGCUACGCCGUCAUAAAUCCAUGUUUUUUGUAAAUGUUAUGUUUAUGCAGCAUUUUCAUGCACUACAUUAAUGUGCGACAUGUUCGGAAAUGCAGUAAUGCUGAUGAUCUCCUGCAGGAAGUGCAUUAUAAAGGGAAAAAUGAUUAUUGUUGUAAAAAAAAAGAUUAAAAAGAAUAAAUGCAGUAACUAACAAAUCAAUACAAAUAAAAUAUUAUGUGAAGCAUAUUAGCAGCAA